AUGGAGACCUCUCUGCUCACAGCUAUAAUUUUAUUUGCAGCAGAUUCCUGCAACUGCAUAAACUGGGAUUUUUCAUCUUGCCGGCAGCUCCCAGACUGGGACAAUGAAUUGGUAUGCUACAAGGAGUUAAGUGAGGAUCUAACCUGCACCUGGCUGCCAGUACCCAGUCCUCCAAAUGUGAUUAAUUACACAAUAUUCUUAAAAUGGGAGAGAAUACCAAAACUUUUAAAACGAAACACAUCAUCAUCUUCUAUCACAAUACAACGAAAGAAUCUCUUCAUGAACCGAUCUGCAUUUGUUUGGAUAGCAGUUAAUUAUGUCCAUGACAGCUGUGUGAAAGGAAAGAACAUCUCACUUACACUGAGCACAGCAGGAAAAUGCUUGACACCAUCUAACAUAAAUGCUCAUCAGAUCAAAACCAAAUUGAUAGUGAAGUGGGACCUGCCUGCAACUCCUACACCAUAUGAGCUGAGAUACAGAGAGGCACUCACAGAGUCUACUCAGUGGACAGUGGUGCCUGUAGAAACCAAUGCUGUGAAUGUCACUAUUUCAAAUGUAAAUCCUAUGUCUUCAUACAUUGUCCAGCUCAGAUGCAUAGCCAAGGAUGGUCUGGACUGUGUUUGUGUUUGGAGUAAAGAGAUUUUGGUCCCUCACAAGCUCACAAAGAAGCCAACAAUAUCAUACAGUGCAACUACAGAAAUCUCUCCAGGCAGAAGACGUGUUCUUCUGAAGUGGGAGGCAACAGAAAGUGAGAACAUCCUUGGAUAUUACAUUGACAUGGAAAGAACACCCAACAGUUGCAGGGAUUCACCAAAUCGCAUCGCUCUAAGUGACAGAGAAGUUCUUCUAACUGUCUCCAUGGCUUAUUAUAGAAUUAGUAUUUCUGCCUUUAAUAAAGCAGGAGAAUCUCCACAAGCCAUCUACAGUGUCCCAGACUUCUCUGCAACAGACUUGCCUGGCCAAAUCCAUGUUAAACACCAGGGAACUAAUGCAGUCGUCACUUGGACUCCAGACUACAAACCAAAAUGUUUUGUGGUGGACUGGGGCACUGGUGAAGAAGAUAUGCACAUGAAAAUAGUAACUACAGCUACUGGAAAUUUCACACUAGACAAUUUUCAGCCGUAUAAGUUGUACAAAAUAACGGUGCAUGCUUCUGAUAUGUGUCAGUGUGAAAGUUUCAUGAAACAUGAAAAGACUUUUGGAGUGACCCACUUUUACUCAGUUGAAGGAGUUCCUAGGACAGGUCCCAAUAAUGUGACAAUUCUGAAUAUCACAAAGCAUUCUGCACUUGUGAAGUGGACUGAAAUAGCUGCUGAAGACUGUUUGGGUUUCCUCCAGGGAUACAGGAUCAGCUACACAGAUUCGUUGGGGACAAAGUCUCUGGCUGUUACUCUCAACUCUUCAACCACAAGUUACCAUCUUACUGGACUGAAGGCAAAAACCAUGUACCAUGUGCAGAUUUCAGGAUUCACUAACGCUGGUGAAGGCCCUCCAACUCGUUCACAGCUUUUCAGCACUCAAAAAUACGAUAAAGGAGAAUUUGAACAUUUUGUGGCUGGCCUGUGCUUUGGCAUGAUGUUCUUUCUGUGUUUUGCACUUCUCACUUGUUUUCUGGUGCAUAAAAGGCUGAAAAUAUCGUUCUGGCCCAGUAUACCAAGUCCAAGAAACAGCAGUGCCCUCCAAGAUAUGACUAAUUGGAUAUCUGCUUCCAGGUCACUGCUUCAGGCCAUAUCAGACAAUGAUACCACAAACCUUUAUGUCAUAGAGCACAAGCCAAAAGCUCCUUUGAAGCCAGACCUCAAUACAGAUAGUGAAGAAGACAGGAAGUGUGACACUUGCCAGUCAGAAGAGCCUAGCAAUAACAUAGACAUAAGACUAAGGCAUGAAGAAAUUCCUGAAGAAGCAGUUACAAGUGAAGAAGAAAUAAUUUCCAUUACAGUACCUUUCUUGGGUGACUAUGCCAGCAUAGAGCUCAGCCAGAAAGCCCUGGCAGUAAAGCCACCUGCAAGAGCUGCUUGUCCUCACCUGGAAAUGGACCUAAGCAGUAAGGCAGCACAGACUGAGCAUCAGGUUCGGUUUGCUCCCCAAGAUUACCUAAAAUAA